AUGUUUGCCAUCAUUCUGAUACUUAGUGGACUGUCCUUCUGGCUCACGAAGCUUAGGGGUAUGUUACCACGAAACCCCUGCUCCAUUGCGAGCGUGAUGGCACUUUUAGCAGACAGUCGAUUUAUGUACAGCCAGGAUUAUAUGCCCCCGGAGGCCGAAUGGAAAAACGAUGAUGAACUGGCGAAGCACUUUGACUCAUACGAUGUGAAACUCGGCUGGUGGGACGAUGAUGAGAGGUAUCGUUUCGGCAUCGAUAUUGGCGAACCAGUUUACUUGGGCUUUCAGGGAGGCAAAGUCGGAAAACAAGAUUAG